AUGAAUGAAGAUGCACUCAUAUUCCAACAAUUCACAGAGCAACUUGAAGAGGAGGCAGAUGAAGAGUACUGGGAGAUGGGUGCUGCUUCACUCGGCGUCAUAGUGGGAGGUGCCGAGAUCUCACGUCAGUUACGGAAUGAACGACGUCGCGAAACCCGCCAAUAUCUUACCCGCCCUGAACUCCUGGAGAACCCCCGGAUUGCGACACCAUGGACCUCCCUUUACGACAGCAGGAGUGACCGUGCAUAUAUCACAACCAUGGGGUUCGAUGUUGCCACCUUCAAUUUCAUUCUUGAGUCGGGUUUUGUACAGACCUGGCUCUCAACACCCAUCCCCCGAACUGAUACCUCUCGUUCAGGAGAUCCACGACCAGGCAGCCGAUCUUUGGAUCCCCCAGGGGCCCUUGGCCUUGUCCUCCAUUAUCUCAGCUCCACGAUGCUCGAUGUCAGCUUGCAGCAAAUCUUUGCUCUCAUCCCUGCCACAGUUGUCCGGUAUCUUGACUUCUCACUUGACAUACUUCUCGAGGUCUUGCAAAGAAUGCCAGAUGCCCGUAUCAAGUGGCCGAAGGGUGGCCCAGGUGGUGGGCAAUUCCAAGAAUACAAUGAUCUUAUCAUUGUUCGACAUCCUCGACUGAUUGGGGCCUUCGCUGCCAUCGACGGAUUGAAUCUUCCUGUCCAAACAUCAGAGGAUGAAGAUAUUGAGAAUGCUACCUACAACGGGUGGCUCUCAGAGCAUUUUGUCAGCUCAGUACUUGUGUUCUCACCGAAAGGCAAGAACAUCAAUGCUAUUGUAACUUCAUUCACUGAUAAUAUCUUAGGUGAAAUCAUUGAUGCUGUUGUAAAUGCACCAGGCAGUUGGCACGAUGCUAAUGUUGCUCGUCCUAUUUUUGAACGGCUUUGCACACGAACACCACCUGGAUACUAUCUCAUUGCUGACACAGCAUUUCCUCGUGGACACAUUUGCCACCCCAUUGCACUCAAGGCUGGCCAGGCUGUGCGAGGUACGCCAGACGAGAUUGCGGAGCGAAUGGCCUAUGACCAUGAGCUUCUCUCAUAUCGGCAAACAGCCGAGUGGGGAAAUCGAGGUCUUCAAGGAGCAUUUGGUCGUCUCCGUGUUCCACUUCCCAUUGACAAUGCAGAACAUCGAGGAAAUCUCCUUGAGAUCUGCAAUCGCCUCAAUAAUCUGCGCACAAGACGAGUGGGAAUCAAUUAG